AUGAAACCCAAGCCAGCAGUGGCCAAGGUGGAUCACUCUCCCAUGGGGAAAUUGAUAUUUGAGUAUGGGGCUGCUUUCCUUGCAAAGCACAACAUCGAUUUUCCCUUGCAUGAUUGGGAAUUCUUAAUUGCGGAUGUUCCUCAACAAAAAGGAAACGAUGAAUGUGGAGUGUUUGCAUGCAUGUUCAUGGAGCACUGGGCGGGUCACAUUCCAUCGGAAUACAAGGAAACUUGGCACUUGGAACCGCACGUGGAGCACCAGCGAGCAUCUAUUGCAGGCAGUCUCCUUCAAUGGAAAUACAACAAAGUAAGGAAUGUCAUACUUGAGGAGGCAAAUGAGUGGGCAGCAUAUAAGGAGAAAGGGAAGAGAAGCUGA